AUGGAAUCUAUGAAUCAAGAUGGAGCACCUAGACCGUCUUAUGUUUUUAGUGCUGACCCAAUUGAAAGGCCUUCAGAAAUAAAUUUUGAUGGAAUUAAGCUUGAUCUCUCUCAUGAAUUUUCUUUAGUUGCUUCGAAUGCUGAGAUAAAUAGUUUGGAAUCCAAAGAUUAUCUCCAGGUUUGUCUUCGAAUAAGACCAUUAACACAGUCAGAAAAGGAUCAUGAAUCUGAGGGCUGUGUGUGUAUUCUGGAUUCACAGACUAUUCUGCUUAAAGAUCCCCAAAACAUCGUUGGUCAGUCAAGUGAGAAAAACUCUGGGCAAAUGGCACAAAAAUUCAGUUUUUCCAAGGUUUUUGGCCCAGAUACUACACAGAAGGAAUUCUUUCAGGGUUGUAUUAUGCAGCUAGUAAAAGACCUCUUGAAAGGACAAAGCCGGCUGAUUUUCACUUACGGGGUCACCAACUCAGGAAAAACAUACACAAUUCAAGGUACAGAAGAAAAUACUGGUAUUUUGCCUCGAACUUUGAAUGUGUUAUUUGACAGUCUGCGGGAAAGACUAUAUACAAAGAUGAACCUUAAACCACAUAGGUCCAGAGAAUACUUACGGUUAUCAUCAGAUCAAGAGAAAGAAGAAGUUGCUAACAAAAGUACGUUACUUAGGCAAAUAAAAGAGGUUGCAGUACAUAAUGACAGUUAUGAUACUAUUUAUGGAAGUUUAGUGAACUCUUUGAAUACCUCAGAGUUUGAAGAAUCCAUGGAUUGCGAACAAACUAGCUUGAAUAGGAAUAAUAAUAUAAAAUUUUCUGUGUGGGUUUCUUUCUUUGAGAUUUACAAUGAAUGUAUUUAUGACUUGUUUGUUCCGGUGUCAUCCAAGUUCCAAAAGAGGAAGAUGUUACGCCUUUCCCAAGAUGUAAAAGGCUAUUCUUUUAUUAAAGAUCUUCAAUGGAUUCAAGUUUCUGAUUCCAAAGAAGCAUAUAGACUUUUAAAAGUAGGGAUAAAGAAUCAGAGUGUUGCUUUCACAAAACUGAACAAUGCUUCUAGCAGAAGUCACAGCAUAUUCACUAUUAGAAUAUUACAGAUUGAAGAUUCUGAUAUGCCUCGUGUAAUUCGAGUCAGUGAAUUGUCUUUAUGUGAUCUUGCUGGUUCAGAACGAAGCGUGAAGACACACAAUGAAGGUGAAAGGUUAAGAGAGACUGGAAAUAUCAACUCUUCUUUAUUGACCCUUGGAAAGUGUAUUAAUGUUUUGAAGAACAGUGAAAAGUCAAAGUUUCAACAGCACGUGCCUUUUCGGGAGAGUAAACUCACCCACUAUUUUCAAAGUUUUUUUAAUGGUAAAGGGAAAAUAUGUAUGAUCGUCAACAUCAGUCAGUGUUGUCUUGCCUAUGAUGAAACACUCAAUGUACUGAAGUUCUCAGCCAUUGCACAAAAGGUUUUUGUUCCAGACACUCUAAAUACCUCUCUAGAAAAAUCAUUUGUGCCUGCCAAAUCUUGUCAAGAUAUAUCAUUAGACAUUAAUGAUUCAGGCAAUAAUGUAAAAAGAACCACCAUUUCAUGGGAAAGUAAUCUGGAAGAUCUGGUAGAAGAUGAAGAUUUGGCUGAGGAUGUAGAAAAAAAUGAAGAAAACCAAAAUGAGAGAACUGAAUUUACUGAAGAAGAUCUAGAUGAAACAUUAGAGGAAGACAAGACUGCCAUUAGUCAAGAAAAGAGAAAACUGUUGGAUUUAAUUGAAGACUUGAAAACAAAACUGAUAAAUGAGAAAAAAGAAAAGUUAACAUUAGAAUUCAAAAUUCGAGAAGAAGUUACACAAGAGUUUACUCAGUAUUUGGCUCAACGGGAAGCUGACUUUAAGGAAACUCUCCUUCAGGAACGAGAGAUAAUGGAAGAAAAUGCUGAGUGUCGUUUGGCUAUCUUCAAGGAUUUGGUUGGUAAAUGUGACGUUCAAGAAGGACCAAUGAAUGAAGAUUGUGCCUUGAAAGUUGGAACGGAAGAAACACAUAAUUGUGUAGAAAUUGAAGAUAUUAUUGAUUCUCUUCAAGAUGAUGUCACUGAUAUUAAGAAACAGGCUGAAAUUGCUCACUUAUAUAUUGCAUCUCUUGCUGACCCCCAGGAAGCCAUUGCUUGUUUAGAACUAAAGUUUAAUCAAGUUAAAGCUGAAUUAGCUAAGACCAAAGAAGAAUUAAUCAGAACCCAAGAAAAUUUGAAAAAGAGAGAAAAUGAAUCAGAAAUUAAUUUAAAUUCAUUGGCUCAAGAGCUUGAGACACCUAAUAAGAAAAUAAUUAUGCAAUUCAGAGUUCAAGAGUUGAUAGAUAUAAUUGAGCAAAAGGAGGAUGCUAUCAACAAGUUUUAUAAGCUAAAGUCUUAUGACAAGACUGAGACAUCAUCUUUAAUAAUAAAUAACAAAUUGACUUGUAGUGAAAUAGGUGAAGUACUUAAGGACAGCGAGAUUAAAACCUCUUCUGGAAGAAAAAGAUCAAAUGAAAGUGAGCUUCUUCCACAAGAUGAACCACCAGCAAAGAAAGGUCUAAUACAUAUUAGCCCUUCUAUCUCUGAAGACCACAGGAAAAGUGAAGAUAUGCAACAAAGCAUUUUCAAAGAGGAAGACAUUAGAGUUUUGCAAGAAAAUAAUGCAGAGCUGAAAACACGUUUGCUUGUUGUUAAGAAUGAACUUAUAAAUGAAAAGGAAGAAAAAGCAGAAUUAAAUAAACAGAUUGUUAGUUUACGGCAGGAACUUUCUUCUGAAAAAAAUUUUACUUUAAGUAUAGAGGUCCAACAAAUGCAAUCAAAAUAUGAAAAUGCAGUUUCUGAAUUACAUGUACAGAGAGGUAUAAAUCAAGAACAGGAGGAAAAGAUUAUGAAACUAUCAAAGGAGAUAGAAAUUGCUAGGGAGAAUAUCUCAAAUAAUGUUUCACAAAUAAAGUUAAUGCAAACAAAAAUAGAUGAACUACGUAUGCUUGAUUUAGGCUCUCAGAUCUCAAACAUAGAUUUGCUUAGUCUCAGGGAUCUGUCAAAUGGUUCUCAUGACUUGCUGAAUACAGAUUUAGACCUUCUAAGUAAUGACUGUUUGGUAAGUAAGCAGGUUAAAGAAUCUUGUAUUCAAGAACUCAGUCGGGAAAGUUCUUUCCACUGUAGUAUUGAAGCCAUCUGGGAAGAAUGUAAGGAGAUUGUGAAGGUUUCCUCCCAAAAAAGUCAUCAGAUCCAGGAACUGGCUCAAAAAGUUGAAAAACUACAGGCAGAGGUGAAAAGCUAUAGAGAUGAAGAUGAUAGACUAAAAACAGAGAGGGAGAAUAAAAAUCAAGAGGACCUACUAAAAGAAAAAGAAAGUCUUAUACAACAGCUGGAAGAAAAGCUGCAAGAACAAACUGUUUGUCUUAAUGUUGAAGUACAGCAUGUGCUUGAAGGGAAGAGAGCACUCUCAGAGCUUACACAAGAUGUUACCUGUUACAAGGCAAAAAUACAGGAACUGGAAACGAUCUUAGAGACACAGAAAGACAAAAAUAGUUGUUCAGCCAAAUUAGAACAAGAAAUUUUGGAAAAGGAGUCUGUCAUCCUUAAGCUGGAAAGAAAUCUGGAAGAAUUUCAAGCAAAUCUCCAGGAUUCUCUCAAAACCACCAAAAAUUUAAGUGAACAAGAAGUCCAGUUGAAGGAAGAAAUCACACAAUUAACAAAUUAUAUGCAAGAUGUGAAGCACUCACUUCAACUUAAGGAAGAAGAAAAUGAAAACUGCAGGCAAGAAAUAGAAAAAUUGAAAGAGGAGCUGUCUAUAAGCUCUGCUCUUAACAAGACUCUGAAAGUUGAUCUUCAGAGGAGAGAAGAAGAUUAUACUGAGCUAAAAGAGAAACUGACUGAUGCCAAAAAACAAAUUGAGCAAGUACAGAAAGAGGUAUGUGUAAUGCGUGAUGAGGAGAAAUUACUGAGGAUUAAAAUUAAUGAACUAGAGAAGAAGAAAAACCAGUGCUCUCAGGAAAUAGAUAUGAAACAGCGAACCAUUCAGCAACUCAAGGAGCAGUUAAAUAAUCAGAAAACGGAAGAAGCUAUACAACAGUAUGAGAAAAUACGCAAAGAUUUAAAUAUUAAAGAGAAAAUAAUUGCAGAAAUGCGAAUGACCCUGGAAGAACAAGAAAAAACUCAAGUAGAACAAGAUCAAGUACUUGAGGCUAAAUUAGAGGAAAUGGAAAGGUUGGCCACAGAAUUGGAAGAAUGGAAGGAUAAAUUCAAAGAUCUGGAAACCAAAAGUAUUCAAAGUUCAAAUAAAGAAUUUGAGGAUAACAUAGAUGUACUUAGUAAAAAUCUCAGUAAGCUUCAAGAUGAGUUACAGGAAUCCGAACAGAAAUAUCAAGCUGACAGGAAAAAAUGGUUAGAAGAAAAAAAUAUGCUGAUCACUCAAGCAAAAGAAGCUGAGAACCUACGAAACAAAGAGAUGAAAAAAUAUGCUGAAGACAGAGAACGCUGUUUAAAGCAACAUAAUGAAGUGGAGAAACUCACAGCACAGUUGGCAGAGAAAGACAAUGACCUUCAAAAGUGGCGAGAAGAAAGAGAUCAGCUGGUUGCAGCUUUAGAAAUACAGCUGAGAACACUGAUCUCUAGUAAUGUACAGAAAGAUAAUGAAAUUGAGCAAUUAAAAAAGGUCACAGCAGAAGCUUCUAAAAUGGAAAAACCAAGUGUGGAAAUAAUGCCCAGACAUACUAGUUCAAUGGAUCCUGGUGGGGUUGAAACAGAAACUCAAUCAACAAGUUUUGAAAUUUUCACAAAUGAAGUUGAGGGUGGAUCUGUAGUCCUUGACUCCUGUGAAGUGUCAACCGAAAAUGUUCAAAUUACCCGGUUUCCAAAACCUGAGUUAGAGAUUCAGUUUACACCUUUGCAGCCAAACAGAGUGGCAGUUAAACACCCUGGUUGCGCUUCCCCUGUGACGGUUAAGAUUUCUAAGCCCAGGAAGAGGAAGAGUAAUGACACGGAGGAGGACUUGGUGAAGUGUGAAAAUAAGAAGAACACUACACCUAGAACUAAUUUGAAGUUCCCUAUUUCAGAACAUAGAAAUUCUUCUGUCAAAAAGGAACAAAAGGUUUCUAUACGUCCAUCAUCUAAGAAAACGUAUUCUUUACGGAGUCAGGCAUCCACAGUUAGUGUACAUUUGACCACUAAGAAAAAAGAAGGAACACUACAGAAGUUCGGAGACUUCUUACAACAAUCUCCAACAAUUCUUCAAUCGAAAGCAAAGAAGCUAAUUGAAACAAUAAGUACUUCAAAGCCAGUAAAUAUGGACACAAGCAAAGAAAAUGCAUCUCGACCAAAACGGGCCAAACGGAAAUUAUACACAAAUGAAAUUUCAUCUCCUAUAGAUAUAUCUGGCCAUGUGAUACUGAUGGACCAGAGAGUAAAAGAAAGUGAUCACCAGAUUCUCAAGCGACGACUUCGAACAAAAAUGGCUAAAUAA